AGGAGGCGCAGGACGCGGCUGCUCUCUCUCUCAUCCCGUAUAAACUCUUGUGGGGAGUUUCGAUGCAUAUUGUGAAUCGUUUCGUUGCGUGGUGUUUGUGGGCCACCGAGGGCGAUGGUUUUACGGGCCGUAAAAGCGUGCAACGUCUCAAGGCUUCGGCGGGGGCUGACGGGGGGCCUGCAAGUUCUGGGGAGGAAGUGUCGGGGACAGAGUACAUUUUCUGGAGCUCCACGACAUGAGAAGAACUUGAAAGAGCGAAAAGAGGCGGGCAUCACAGAGAAGAUCACCGCGGUGCAGGAGUUGGCGCAGUCGCCUGCAGCACGGAGGAGGAUGCUGAUGAAGGGUGACCACCUACCCUUCUCUGCUUUCUUGACAGACACGUUUGGAAGGAGACACAGCUACUUGCGAAUUUCCUUGACGGAGAAGUGCAACCUGCGAUGUCAGUAUUGUAUGCCAGAAGAAGGAGUGAAGCUGACCCCCCGAUCACAACUCCUGACCUCGGCAGAGAUCAUAUCGCUGGCACAGCUCUUUGUCAAAGAGGGUGUUGAGAAAAUCCGACUGACUGGGGGUGAGCCGCUCAUUCGGCCCGAUGUGGUGGAUAUCAUUGCAGAGCUCAGAAAACUUGAGGGGCUGAAGACGAUUGCUGUGACCACCAAUGGUACAAACCUCACACGCCUCCUGCCGAGCUUGAAAGCAGCGGGUCUGGACAUGCUCAACGUCAGUCUGGACUCUCUGGUCCCUGCCAAGUUUGAGCUGAUCGUCCGUAGGAAAGGCUUCCACAAAGUGAUGGAGGGCAUCCACAAAGCUAUUGAGCUGGGCUACAGUCCACUGAAGGUGAACUGUGUGGUGAUGAGAGGCCUGAAUGAAGAUGAGCUGCUGGAUUUCGUGUCUCUCACAGAGAGGAAGCCUCUUGAAGUGCGCUUUAUCGAGUACAUGCCAUUUGAUGGCAAUAAAUGGAACUUCAAAAAGAUGGUGAGCUACCAGGAGAUGCUGGAUCGGAUCCGGCAGCAGUGGCCUGAUCUGAAGCCACUUCCUGCUGAGGGCACUGAGACGUCAAAGAAGUUCCAGGUGCCAGGCUUUCAAGGUCAGGUGGGAUUCAUCACUUCCAUGUCUGAUCACUUUUGUGGCUCCUGUAACCGGCUGCGAAUCACCGCUGAUGGCAAUUUAAAGGUUUGCCUGUUUGGAAACUCGGAGGUCAGUCUCAGAGACUGCUUGAGGGCUGGGGCCUCCGACGAGGAGCUCCUGCAGAUCAUAGGGGCUGCGGUGGGCCGCAAAAAGAAACAGCAUGCAGGCAUGUUCAACAUCUCUCAGAUGAAGAAUCGUCCGAUGAUCCUGAUCGGUGCUGACCGUUUGAGGUGCCCGUCUCUGCCCAGAUAUUCUCCCUCCAAGCCUUGGCACAGUCACCCAGCAAUGCAGGUGCCUAAUGUGCUUAAUUCUGUGCCUCACAGUUGUCUUCUGUGCCACGUUUCUCCAGUAGCAAGGACUUCUAGGAGAUGGCAACAUGCUGGCAUAUUGUAUGCUGCGACUCGACAACAUCUCCAGCACCUUCGUCCCAGUUGCAGCAGCACCUUUCAACGGGCACGUCACACCGAGUCCGACUUGAGUUAUCACAUAGACUCUUGUGGAUGCCAAGCAUCAAGUGCGAAGCUCUGGAUGAGACGCACAUUCUUAUCAGUAGUCAAUGGGAAAAAUGCCUUCCAAAUGCUUUUAAUGAGGUGGUAUAAAUUUGUAUGCCAGGCUGGCCACAGUGCCCAUGCAGCAGCUUAUACAGUUCUGGCUAGGGCACAGGGAAUGUGCCUGAAGUGUACAUGUACUGGGCAGACAAAUGUACCUGAAACCCCCUCUUCUGUCCCGAGUUAUUCCAGUGCAGGUGGGCAUGAAUUGGGCACAACUGCCUUCAGAUUUGACCCUUCAGCCACAUAUAGUCAGCUCACUCACACAGACGCCGAAGGCCGGGCCUCCAUGGUGGAUGUUGGGAGUAAACCAGUUACCCAGCGGACAGCAGUGGCCCAUGCCAGGGUGAAGCUGGGUGAGCGAGCCUUCCGCUUGGUACAGGACAACCAACUGGCUAAGGGGGAUGCCCUUGCAGUGGCCCAAAUAGCAGGGAUACUGGCAGCUAAGAAAACCAGCUCACUGAUCCCACUGUGCCACCCUCUGCCACUUGACAAGGUGCAUGUAUCUCUGACUCUGGAGGACUCUGCCCACUCAGCUGUGAUAACCGCAACAUGCCACACCAGCGCUCGCACCGGAGUCGAAAUGGAGGCUCUGACGGCUGCCGCCGUGGCGGCCCUUACCCUGUAUGACAUGUGCAAAGCAGUCAGCCAUGAUAUUGUCAUCGAGGAAGUGAAACUGAUGAGUAAGACAGGCGGGCAGAGGGGCGACUUUCACAGGUACCCUCCCGCCCCUGAGCCCACACUAAAGUAAUACAGUGGGCACAGUGCUGGCUUUGAUACCUGCUUCACUAAUGGACCCGGGGAGGAAGAAGAUGACAAUGGCGUCUUUGCCACCUCCUGACUGGCUCUGCUUAACUUUUGCUGUGUACCCACUGCAUUUAAAUUAUUUGUAGCUACUUUUGCCUCAACCUCCUUAUUUGUAUAUAGUGCCAUGAAUUUAAUGAGGCUGAGGGAUCCCACGGGCACGAUCAGGGUGCAUCAAAGCUUUGGGUAUAUUGAGGAGAAAAGAUGGGGACUGCUUACAAAUGGGCAUUGGUGCCAAUAAUCCGAGAGACAAACGAGCAAUUGGUGACUUUCCAAGUGUGGCAUUGCCCAAGCCACAGCUUUUCAGACUGGGUGUCACAGCCAAUGCCAGCCUGUCUGUAUAGGUGAAGCAGGCGAUUGCUUAGAUGAGUGGUGGGCAAAUCACGGCCCGCAGGUCACCCAUAGACAUGUCACAUUCUGGGCCUCGUCGGGUGAUCUGCACAGGAUGAAGAGGCCAUCGGCAGGUGAUGCCACACGCACAGCUCUUACCCGGCGAAUGGGGACAGGCUGUCACAUAGAGGGGCACGUGCUCGCUUGCCUUUGUUUGCAGUGGCACCCCCAAAGAGUGAGCUGUGCACUGAUGAGCAGAACAGUAAGCUUUGUGAAGCCGACGCUAAAACUCAUCUGCCGGGCGAUUUUGAAAUUGCAGAACUCACUGGAGGGUCCCUGGGGUUUAAAGUUUUUUGAUUGACAGUUAAAAACGCUAAAGCCUCUCACCUGUGACCCUGCCACACCCCGUUUAUGCAUGAAGUCCCGCCCACUCCACUGUUACCUAGCAACUGCCCUUUCCCCGAGUCCCGUCGAUGGGGUCUGCGGCGGUGCCCACUUCAAGUGACGGGGAGCUGCCAGUCUCGUUUCUGUCUGUGAUGCUUUAGGCUUGAGAUUGUCAUCGUAACUGGUAAAGUGGGCAUCCAACUACCAGCACACGUCAAGCUGUCUGUGUGUGGCAGGACAUGAGCAGACCCCGCUUGGGGGGGCACCUCCCCAAGUUAAUUUUUAUUAUUCUCAGACGUUGCCCCAAAUCAGGUCAGGACUCGUAUUUAUCCAGCGGCUCAAGGUAGGAAAACCGUCCUGAAUGGCUCGGGAAUCUCCGGCUGGUACAGAUUUGGUGCCACUCAGUUUCUGUUGUUCCUUCUUCCUCCCUUUGGAUUUACGAGAAGUCGCUAGGAGCUGCCAGCAGAUGGCGUUCAGGCAGAGAUUGGCACUCGCAUCUCGUGAAGGUCUGAGUGGUUUGGGAAUGAUGAAUUUGUAAAGACGUGCCAUCAUGACAGGUGGGCUCCUAUUAGUAAGGACUGUGUGUGUGUGUGUGUGUGUGUGUGUGUGUUUUAUCAUUCAAGUGAGAUCUUUAUUUAAAAACGAAAUGGCAGAGACGCCUGUGCAGUUAAACGCACAUAAACACCUCGAGACUGAGCCACACGGCUGGUGUCGAUGCCGGGAGGUUUGUGUGCUUUUUUAUUUUGUGCCAGCCGACCCCGAGCCGUACUCCUUACUAGUUGUCUCAGAUAAGUGAAAUCAAACCCGGAUAUACAGUAUUGUAGAUUCCAUCCAUCCAUUAUCCAACCUGCUGAAUCCGAACUCAGGGUCACGGGGGUCUGCUGGAGCCAAUCCCAGCCAACACAGGGCACAAGGCAGGAACCAAUCCCGGGCAGGGCGCCAGCCCACCGCAGUAUUGUAGAUUGAAAAGACAAAUAUUCAAUAAUAUAGAUAGGUGUGCGCAAAACACCAGUGACGGAUUACUAGACAAGAUCACGAAUAUACAGAGACUCCCAGUAACCCUCUGUGGCUCCUGAACAAAAGCACGUCACGCCGAUCAGGUAAUUGAAAUGCGGCGUGUUAAUACUGGCUGCGGUGUGUUGUGACAGAACGACCUCACCGUGACGAGUGCUGGCAAUGGCUGGGAUGAAUCCGAACCCCGGGUUUUCUCGCCUCUGGCUGUCGUGAUGACGCCAUGAGCAGCAGUGACGAGUUUGUCAUUUGUCCCCUUUCUUCGUUCGCCUUCGCGCCUCUUUUUUAAAUGUAAAAUGUCCCGAUGUAUCUGGUGCGUCAACAGGUGGUUUCCGUCCUGGUGCUGCGGUCUCUCUGCUCUUACGGGGACAACAUUUACUGACGCACACAUAACGGACAGCAACGGGACGAUGAAACCAAAUACCGUUAUUACUGCAUGUAGCCCCGCUGCAUGUCUGCUCAUCACUAAUAACGCUGGACCCCCACAGCGGCUCAUGUUCAGAGGGGCUUCUCAUGAUCUCCUUUGUUCUUUUUCAUUGUCCUGUUCAGUCAGUCAGUCGUCAUCCUAACUACAGGGUCACAGGGGUCUGCUGGAGCCAAUGCCAGCCAACACGGGGCACAAGGCAGGAACAAACCCCGGGCAGGGCGCCAGCCCACCACAGAUCCUCCUGUUCUUUGAUUAUUUAUUUUAAGGUAGCUGCAUUUGCUGAGGGUCUCCAAACAGUUCAAAACGCAGCCACCUGAAAGGCUUUGGCCCGCAGCAGGACUCGUCUUCAUGAAGGACUCCACAGUCCAAGUGUCUUCAUGUUAAGCGUUUAGUGAAAUUCAAAGUCCACUCUUCACGCACACAGUGACGUUCUGUUGAAGGCUCAAAUGUCUUUUUGUUCCAUUCCUUGGACUUUCUGUAUGUUCUCAUGUUCUCCAGGACCAGACGCACGUAGCAUGAUGCCAGUGGCCUGAGAUCUUCGUCUUCAUGUCUCACAGCGCGCGUCCCUCUCUGGUCCUCCAACCACAAACCAGAGGUUCUUGUGUUAUUACACAGCGGAGCGUUGUGGUCGUUCUGUGAACUUGUUGGCGUUUUGAGGGUUAAACCGACUGUUCCUUAAUCUCCGUGAAGCUCCAUUUGGUUCAAAUGAAAUGCCAGCUUAGCGUCGCCAUGCGCUGAGAAGGUUGGGCUCCUCCACGUCGCUGUGUGUUUUCGGUUUCCCUUCUCUUUUAUGUUUCUUGUAUCUUGUGGGUCGGCCCAGUAAGAGGUGGAGCCACAUGUCCGUCACUGUGAAGGAACCUCCCCCCACAGCCCUAGACAGGCAUGCUGGGAGUUGAAGUCCAGGGCGGCUCAUGUCGAAUGCUCUCUGGUGGAUUUUGAGUUUCUUCCUUGUGAUAUUCUUUAGAUUUUUUUUUUCUUCUCGACUUCUUGGACUCUUCUUUUGGAUUUCAGUUUGGAACAAGUUUGCCUUCCAGAGGCGUCCCGUCUCGAUUCUGUUCUGCUCUUUUGUACAUUUUUGUACUUUUCAAUAAACCCUCCCUGCUCAACAUUUCUUGUCGCCUUGCUGUGUUCAGGCCAGGGGUUGUUGGUU